AUAUGUAACAGAUAAAAGAGAAUUCACAGGGGAUCAAUGGAGAUGUCUAACUGUGUUAGAAGCUGCAUUGUUGGCCGAAAAUAAGCCAAUGUAUCUACCAGGUUACGGUCCGAAGAGUCCAAUGUCAACAACAGCUGUAAUCGAGUAUAGGUCAAGGAACAUGAACAAAGACUUGGGAAACACGGAGGCGAGGGCCACAGGCGAGUCCAAGUCAAGCAAAUUGACUGGAGGCGAGACGAAUGGCGGCGAGAUAAGUGCAGGCGGGAAAAACACAGAUGAUGAAUCAGUUGAGCCUAACGGCAACAAGACUGUCAAGACAGUUUCUGUAGACAUACAGCUGGCUGAGCUGAAGAGCAUGGUGGAAAAAUUGUGCAACUCAAAUAUAACUUCAACAAAGGCACUGUAUGAAAGUUUAACAGAGAACAGAAACCAGUUGAGACUAAAUGCUGAGGCGAGAGCAAAAGAUAAAAAGGAAGUACAGGAGCUGUUGAGUGCCCUGGACAAAAAGCACAACGAUAAAAUAGAAGAAGUAAAAAGAACUUUCAAUGAAUAUCCCACUAAUGUCGAAUCAUCAAUUAAGGUAACAACAAACAAGAAAAAAUUAGACGGAAGAGUGGUGUCAAAUGAGCAUACGAAUCUAGAAAAUCAAAUUAGUUGA